AUGGUCCAAUAUGUACAAGAGAGAGAUAACAAAGGAGAAUUAACCCUGUCUCCGAAAACCACUUACCAGCAUGUGCCUUUUACCACUUCAGAUCUGUUAAAUUGGAAGUCUAAUAAUCCUCCUUAUACUGAAAACCCUCAGCCACUUAUAAAUUUGUGUGAAACAAUAAUGGCUAGCCACCAGCCAGAUUGGUCAGAUUGCCAGCAGCUAUUACAGGCUCUCUUCACAUCUGAAGAGCGAAGAAGAAUCCUUAAUCAAGGAACCCAAAUAGCACAGACAUAUGCUGCCGAGAAAACAAGUUAUAAUCCCACUGAAUGGGCUGCAGGGGCAUUUCCUUUGACAAAUCCAAACUGGGAUCCUAAUAAAAGCCGGGAGAUGGAAUAUAUAGUCAGAUACAGGGAAUUUUUAAUGGAAGCUUUGAAGAAGGGACCCCAAAAGGUGAUCAACCUUAAGAAGAUACAGGAAGUAAUGCAAGGAAAAGAUGAAAGUCCAGGUGCUUAUUUAGAGAGAUUAUUGGAAGCUUACCGAAAGUAUAGUCCCUAUGAUCCUGAAUCAAAAGAUGGAUCUGCAUUAUUAAACACUUCAUUUGUUACUCAAUCUGCCCCAGACAUUCGUAGAAAAUUGCAGAAGCAAGAUGGGUUUGCAGGGAUGAAUCUGUCCCAGUUAAUUGAAAUAGCUACCAAAGUAUUCAUCCAUAGGGACGAAGCAGAAAAAAGAGAAAGAAAGAAAAUAAGAGAGGAAGAUCAUAAGAUUUUUUUGAACAUUUUAGAUGAAAGAGAUAAAUUGAAAGAAUGUGAAAGUGAAAACAGAAGGAAAAGAGGAAUGUGGCAGAAGGAAAGAAGAGGAGGACGAGGGAUGCCCCUGGGAAGACGCCAGUGUGCCGUUUGUCGUCAAGAAGGUCAUUGGAAGAAUGAGUGCCCAUCUGCUCGAGGAACGGUAGGAAUACAAAGGGGAAUGCCAUCCCAGAGAGGAUAUUGGAGAGGAAGAGGCCGGGGAGGAGGCCACCAAGGGGGAUAUGUUAACCCGGUUCCUGGGGCUAGAUAUGGAGAAAAAAGAGAAGAAUUUGUUGGAAUGGUUGGAUUGGGAGAGGACUGGACGGAAUAGGACAGACCGGCCCCCUUAUGCCUAGGCCCGGGGGAGCCACUGGUCAAAAUGAAUAUUGAGGGCCAGGAAAUGACUUUUCUAGUAGAUACGGGAGCUGACC